GAAGCAUGUGAUGUUUCCAUAUCGGAUCUUGCAAAAAGAGGAUUGGCGGUUUUAACAUAUACAUCGCUGAUAUACUGUUCCUGAGUUGCAUAGCGUGCAGACAGCAUCGGCCUUGGGGAAGCAGCUACCAAAAUGCAUUUAACUGGAUGGAUUGUGUUAGUUUCCUUAUACUCUUGUCUGGUGCUGACUCAUGCUCGACCUCAGCUCAGAUCGUUCCAGCAAAAGAAAGAUCGACCCAUCAUAGGAAUACUGGCCCAGGACACAUUCGGGUACAUGAAGAAGAACUUUGGUCCAACAUACAUUGCUGCUUCUUACGUCAAGUACAUAGAGUCUGCGGGAGGCAGAGUUGUACCAAUAAGAAACAACCUGACUGAGGAGCAAGUGGAAGAGCUCUUUCAUUCUAUAAAUGGUGUCUUACUUCCUGGAGGUUCUGCAAAUAUCUAUGGUUCCCCUUAUGAAAGAACAGCCAAAAUACUUUUCAAUCUUGCUGUGAAGGCAAAUGAUGCUGGUGAUGUGUUUCCACUCUGGGGAACAUGUAAUGGAUUCGAGUUGCUCAUGAGUCUUGGCGCUGGCGGUGAAAACGUAACAUCAUCAGUGGAUGCUGAAGAUUACAGCGUUCCUUUAAACCUCAGUCUAGGUUAUGGGUCUAGCAGACUCCUUGGAUCUGCCUCUGAACAGAUAAUAACCUACCUGAAAACCCUGGAUGUUACUUAUAACCAUCAUCGUAACUGUAUUUCCUCUGAUACAUACAACAGUAAUGAGAAGCUUCACAAGUUUUACAAGCGUUUGUCAACCAACAGAGACAAAGAAGGAAAGAAAGAAUAUGUUUCAACCAUUGAAGCGUAUGAUUACCCAUUCUAUGCUGUUCAGUGGCAUCCCGAGAAGAAUUCUUUCGAAUGGACAACUGCGGAAGCUAUAAAUCAUUCCAAAGAAGCGGUGUUGGUAACGCAGUACAUGGCGGAUUUCUUUGUCGAUCAAGCUCGUCUUAGUGGACAUAGCUUCCCAAGCCAUGAAGAAGAAGAAGAUGCAUUGAUUUAUAAGUACCCUGUAGUCUACUGCGAUGUACAAAUAACAAACUUCGAACAGUGCUACUUCUUCUAGAGGCUUGCACGCGGAAAAAGGAUUGGUUAUUCAUGAAAUUUUGCAGAAUUUUCGCCUGAAACUUCAAACGAUUCUCUUGUUUUUAAAAUUUGACUGACUUCAAAAAAUAACUAACAAUUAAACUAAGUUAGGAUGUAAGCUUGUGUAGCAAGAGAGUUUGUGCCUGCUUCACACUUCAAGGUCCAAACUGCAGAAUCUCGUCCGAGUGAUCUGUACUUCGGGCCGUCACGUAAUCAUCCUCACCUUGUAACCUUGCGUGACCUUGCGUGACGACCCCUAAAAAGCACUCGCUGAACCAUUAAGUCAUCACAAAAAAAGAUUUGCUGGGCAGCAAAUUUUCCUAGCUGAAUGAAAGAAAACUCUCUUGAUCGUCGGUAGAGUAAAGUGGUCUAUGGUCGAAAUUGUAUCUUCUAUAAACAACUUUGGUGUCACUCUUUCCCUCGUCGGUUUUAAUUCUUUUUUAUAAGGUUCAAGUUCCCGGUGCAAGGCGAUUAUCUACGAUAUUACGGUCGAUUGAACCCUACCCCCACAGGGGGGAGUGGUAAUGUUUAUAAAUGGCAGCUCAGUUGUAGGAGGGGUUAUUUCAUAGUAUCAGUGUAAUGUUAAUUACUUACAGUAUUGCUACAAUAAUUUCAAAUAUAAGAUUAGGAGGGGGGGGGGGAAGAAAUUUUUUUGUGAUUGUAUAUAAUGUCAGCGUUUAUGGUGGAAAUAUGUCACAAGUUAGAUCUACUUUUUGUACUUAAAGCAUUUAUUCCCGAUUUCCAUUUAAUAUUUUUUCAAGUCUUUUAUUUUAGAAUUCUUACGGAGUUUUAUAAUGGCUGCAUUGCUCAUUCAGUUUCUACCGCGAUAAUAAAAUUCAUGUUAACAAUUGUAAAACAAAUGUAUUUUUACAUGCAUAACCUUUUCAUUUUAUGGGGUUUAAAUAAUAAAGUAAAUCACAAAUGCCA